GAGGGCAGGAGGGACUCGCUCUUCAUCCCCAUCCGCGGCCGCGACCGGCGCAGCAGCUACAGCGGCUACAGCGGCUACAGCCAGGGCAGCCGCUCCUCGCGCAUCUUCCCCACGCUGCGCCGCAGCGUCAAGAGGAACAGCACCGUGGACUGCAACGGCGUCGUCUCGCUCAUCGGCGGGCCGCCCUCCAGCAUGCCCGGGGGUCGCAUCCUGCCCGAGGGCACCACCGAAAUCGAAAUCAGGAAGAAGCCUGGCGGGUCUCUCUUGGUCUCCAUGGAUCAGGUGAACGCGUCCUACGGAAGGAAGGAUCGCACCAACAGCGUCAUGACCGGGCUGACCAACACCCUCGUUGAGGAGCUGGAGGAGUCCCAGAGGAAGUGUCCCCCUUGCUGGUACAAAUUCGCCAACACCUUCCUGAUCUGGGAGUGCCACCCCUACUGGAUGAAGCUGAAGGAGAUUGUGAAUUUAAUUGUCAUGGAUCCUUUCGUUGACCUGGCCAUCACCAUCUGCAUCGUGCUGAACACGUUGUUCAUGGCCAUGGAGCACCACCCCAUGACCCCCGAGUUCGAGCACGUGCUCUCCGUGGGAAACCUGGUUUUCACUGGGAUUUUCACAGCAGAGAUGUUCCUCAAGCUCAUUGCCAUGGAUCCAUACUAUUAUUUUCAAGAAGGCUGGAACAUCUUUGAUGGGUUUAUUGUCUCCCUCAGUUUGAUGGAGCUGAGUCUGGCGGAUGUGGAAGGGCUCUCCGUGCUGCGAUCUUUCCGAUUGCUGAGAGUCUUCAAACUGGCCAAAUCCUGGCCCACUCUGAACAUGCUGAUAAAAAUCAUUGGUAACUCAGUGGGUGCCUUGGGGAAUUUGACCUUGGUGCUGGCCAUCAUCGUGUUCAUCUUCGCCGUGGUGGGGAUGCAGCUCUUCGGCAAAAGCUACAAGGAGUGUGUCUGCAAGAUCAAUCCGGAGUGUGAGCUACCCCGCUGGCACAUGCACGAUUUCUUCCACUCCUUCCUUAUUGUCUUCCGUGUGUUGUGUGGGGAGUGGAUUGAGACCAUGUGGGAUUGUAUGGAAGUGGCGGGCCAGGCCAUGUGCUUGAUUGUCUUCAUGAUGGUCAUGGUCAUCGGAAACUUAGUGGUCAGUAAAUGGUUCCUGCUGGGAUUUCUUGGUGGCCCCUGGGUUGGGAAUUUAGUGGUCAGUAGAUGGUUCCUGGUGGGAUUUCUGGGUGGAAAUUUAGUGGUUCCUGGUGGGAUUUCUUGGUGGGAAUUUAGUGGUCAGUGAAUGGUUCCUGCUGGGAUUUCUGGGUGGGAAUUUAGUGGUCAGUAAAUGGUUCCUGGUGGGAUUUCUGGGUGGGAAUUUAGUGGUC